AUGCCGAAUUAUCAGAUGUUAUGUGUUUUUAAAAAUCUGCCUAAACCAGAACUUGUAUCAAGUAUUAAAGCAGCUGCUAAUUGUAUUCUAGAAAAUGGAGGGAUUAUCAAAUCAUUUGAAAAUCUUGGCCUAAGACGUUUGCCCCAUCGUCUUUUUGGUAAAAAUAUGCUUACGUAUCGAGAAGGACACUAUGUCUUUAUUAACUUUAUUAGUGGUUCACAAAAAGUAUAUGAAAUGAAAAAUGCAUUGAGUCGUGAAAGCGAUAUACUUCGAAGAAUACUUUCGAAUGAUGAGCAAACAUCGGCGACACCAGAAUGUCAUUGUGAAAAAUAUGGAUACUUUGUAACCGAUAUUGUCGACUACACAAAGCCGUUAACAGUAUGGAAUAGAAAAAUUACCGAUCCGAUGUACGGAAAACGAUUAAGAUAA